CCCUCAGCGGUGGUGACAGUGAUGUUGCCGGGGCAGCAGUGAGUGUGUGUACGGUCUGAGGCUGCAGCGCUGCGGGACUCUGACAGCUCUGAGUAUUUAUAUAAAUUACAGCUUUAUUAUCAUUAAACUCUGAGAGAGGAAUGCCUCGAGUAAUGGAGCCAACUCACAAGUUUCUGCCUUCUGAGUGGAAGCAUGCUAACCAGGUGCAUUUUGGGAUUGCUGAAGCUGAGCGGGCUCGUUCUGAACGACUCACCGCUGAAUGCCAGAGGCUGGUGGAGGAGAGCGAGAAGUCAGUGAGACGCAUGCAGCAGGAUGCCAACAUGAAGCUGGAGCAACGAAUCACAGACAUUCAGUUCUGGAGGCAGGAGCUGGACCAGAAACUGCAGGAGAUCGUGCAGGAGAUUGAGGUGCUUGUCAUCUUUAAGAAUCGAGUGGAAAAAGCACUGGAGGGCACCUCAGAGCCUCUGAAAGCCACUCUACAGUGUCUGGAUGAGAGACAGAAGAGGGUGGCAAUAGACCUGGUGAUUGACAACGUGGAGAAAGAGCUGCUGAAGGAGAAAGAAGUGAUAGAAGGAGUGAUGACGCUCCUCCAGCGCACUCUGGAGCAGAUAAUUGAACAGAUCAGACUGAUCCGCUCAGCUAAAUACUACUUGGAGAAAGAUCUGCGGGAUAAAUUUCAGGCCAACCGCAUUGACGAUAUCUGCUCCAUGCUCACUGUCACUUCAGCCAAUGCUGAGGAGCAGAUUGGAACAGCACAGUUCACUGCAGGAGGAUCCACAGUCACCCCAGAAGAGUGGGAAAACUUCUCGGACAUGAACAUCAGGAAAGCUGAGAAAGAGAAGAACAACUCUCUGUCUCUGAGGGCGCUGGUGGAGAGUCUGCUGGAGCAGACGGCUGCGGACAUGCAGCGGCAGCACAGAGCCACAGGCACUGCACUGGAACUGCGCGUACACGAGACCAGGACUGCUAAAGACCAGCUAGAAGACCAGCUCAACAAGCUGCUGGUGGAGAUCGCGAGUCAGGAACAGAAUCUGGAGGCUCUGAAAGUGGCUAUUGCGGAUAAAGAGAGUCCGCUGAAAGUGGCCCAGACCCGGCUGUACGCCCGCAGCCAGAGGCCCAGCAUUGAACUCUGCCACGACCCCGUGCACACCCGCCUACUCUCUGAAGUGCAGGAGCUGGCAGACCACAUCACAAGGUUAAAAGAAGCCCUUGCCCAAUCAGAGAUGGAGCUGAAAGCCCUGAUCAGAAGCCAGCUGAUUCUGGAGGAGGAGAUUCAGAUCAAAGCCCACUCCCUCUACAUAGAUGACGUGAUCUGCACCCAGCUCCACCAGCCAAUUACCUUCCAUCAUUUCUGAACUAGAAACGAGGACAGCUUGAGUGUCAGUAUUGUCCUAUCAUCAAUAAUAGUUCAAGGUUGGAAAUACAUCAUUGCAUGAAUGGAACAGAGAACUGGUCCUCAUUUAUUUUUCUGUAUAUUUUUAUUUUAUUUUAUUUAAAUACAGCAAAGUAAUAAAAGGAGUUUGUUUUAGAGGCACAAGAUAAAACAUGGCUGAGAAGCUAAGCUAGGAGUCAACGCCAGCUCCCCCAACAUCUCCUUUGCUACACAGAUCUCUAAUGAGUUGGUAUAGUGCCGCACCUGUAACAUAGCAACACUUUUUGUUGCUGUUUUCAUACAGACAAAGAAAGCUCAUGUUGCUGGCUCCUCCAGCUUGCAGCGUGUUUGUGUGUGGGUGGGUGAAAAAAGGCCAAUAAAACAUUUUUUAAACUCUUAAAAAUAAAGGUAAUGCAAAUGGUUCAUUAA